CCGCUGUGGCUGCUGCUGUCAGCGGCUCUGUGCGCCGCGCAGGACGCCGCCACCACGAGAGAAGACAUCCCGGAGGGCGCAUCCACCCUGGCGUUUGUGUUUGACGUGACCGGCUCCAUGUACGACGACUUGGUGCAGGUUAUCGAGGGCGCAUCCAAGAUCCUGGAAACCUCCCUCAGCAGACCGAAGAGACCUCUGUAUAACUUUGCUCUCGUGCCCUUCCAUGACCCAGAAAUCGGACCUGUAACAAUCACAACAGACCCAAAGAAGUUUCAGUAUGAACUGAGAGAGCUUUACGUUCAGGGAGGUGGGGACUGUCCCGAGAUGAGCAUUGGUGCGAUCAAGAUUGCCCUGGAGAUUUCCUUGCCAGGGUCAUAUAUUUAUGUCUUCACAGACGCUCGAUCCAAAGAUUACAAGCUAACUCAUGAGGUCCUCCAGCUUAUUCAACAAAAGCAGUCACAGGUGGUGUUUGUGCUAACGGGUGACUGUGACGACAGGACUCACAUUGGCUACAAGGUGUAUGAGGAGAUUGCUUCCACAAGCUCGGGACAAGUUUUCCAUCUUGAUAAGAAACAAGUCAAUGAGGUUCUUAAAUGGGUGGAGGAGGCGGUCCAGUCGUCAAAGGUCCACCUGCUGUCCACUGAUCAUUUCAGUGGGGUCAGCAACACUUGGCAGAUGCCCUUUGACCCCAGCCUGAAGGAAGUGACAGUGGCCCUCAGUGGCCCAGCACCUGACAUUGAGAUCAAAAACCCUCAGGGAAAGCUUGUGGAGAAGAGUGACGGGCUAACUGAGCUUUUGCACAUUCCCAACUCUGCCAAAGUUGUCAACAUCAAGGACCCACAGCCUGGGAUGUGGUCUAUCAAGACCUCCAGUGAAGGAAGACAUUCGGUCCGAAUCUCCGGCCUCAGCACCAUCGACUUCCGAGCUGGGUUUUCCAGGAAACCCACCAUGGACUUCAAAAAGACCAUGAGUCGACCAGUUCAAGGUGUUCCCACCCACAUCCUUCUGAACACCACGGGACUUUCCCCUCCCGCUCGGCCAGACAGGCUGGAGCUCCUCUCCAUCACGGGCGAAGUGAUGAAAACUUUGCCGAUCAGGUACUACCCUGAACGCCAGCCGUACAACCUCUGGAACAUCACAGAGUUCAUUCCUCCCAACGAGGCCUUCUUUCUGCGGGUGACAGGAUACGACCGCGACGGCUUCUUGUUCCAGAGGGUCUCCAGUGUUUCCUUCUCCAGUAUCAUACCCAAGUCUCCUAAAGUGCUGAUGCCAGCCACGACUCAUGGUUACUAUCUACAGAGGGGGGCUGUCACAUGCCAGGUAGAGAGCUUGAUCCCUUUCACUCUGCGCUUCAACAAUGAUGAAGGACAACUUGGGGUGGACCAGCUCUUCAGUGAUUCUGACAGUGCAUCAUGGGAAAUAGCUCAGGUAACCCUGAAGGAUGAAGGCUACUAUGAAUGUAUUGCUAUCAGCAGUGCUGGUACAGGACGAGCUCGCACCUUCCUAGAUGUAUCAGAGCCUCCUCCUGCUGUCACAGUCGAGGGUAACAUGACGGUUUCUCCCGGUGCGAGCGCUGUACUCACAUGCCAUGUGGUUAGCACCGUCACUUUCAACCUCACUUGGCUGAGAGGAGGUCAUGACGCCCGCCUGGACCCAGGAACACAUGUCCUGGCCAACCUUUCACUGCAGGUGUCCACUGUAACGCCCGACCAUUCAGGAUGGUAUGAAUGCGUUGCUAUAAAUGAAGGAGGAGCAGCGACAGAGCGGAUCUAUCUUACUGUGCAAGAGGUGCCCAGUGUGUCCGUUGAGCCACAGAACCAGACUUUCACAACAGGAGAUAGCGUCAGGAUUCGGUGCUCAGCCAGCGGCUACCCUCCACCUCGUCUGGUCUGGACUCACAACGCCAUGUUCAUGACGGCAUCCAGCAGACAUAGGAUGGCCUCUGAUGGCACCCUUUUUAUAAAAAAGAUGGAGAGAACGGACGAAGGAGUGUAUGGAUGUCUGGCCAGCAAUGAGGCUGGGACAGACUCGAUGACUUCCACCCUUUCUUACAUUGAAUCUCCUGUGGUGACAGUGGCAGUCAGUGAGAUCCUCAUUGGCAUCGGAGGGUCGACUGUGUUGGCCUGUUCAGCAUCUGGAGUCCCGCAGCCUGAGAUCAGGUGGUACAAAGGUGAUAUCCAGCUGCACUCAACAUCGCUCUUGGAGGUCGACACUUUUGGAGGAACACUGACCAUCAAAGAGAUCCAGAGCAUUGAUUCAGGGGAGUACUCUUGUGUGGCCAUCAAUGCUGCAGGCAAAGCAUCAGGAAAAGUUCUCCUUGAUGUUGGAGCUGCACCCAAGUUCACUGCAGAGCCAUCGGAUGUGGCGAUGGACAUUGGCCUCAAUGUGACCCUACCAUGUCGGGCUCAAGGUCACCCUGAACCGAAGGUCAGCUGGCGGAGAGAGGACGGCUCUCCACUUUUCAGCCUUCCUCGCGAACACGGCAGCAUCUCACAGAGCAACGGAGAUCUGCGUAUCAUUAAUCUGUGGGUGCAGGAUGAGGGGCUGUAUAUUUGCGAGGCACAGAACCACUUUGGCCGGAUCGAAACCCGGGUUAACAUCACUGUUACUGGGCUGGUUUCACCCAUCAUUGCAAUGAGUCCAGCAUUGCUCAGUGUAAUUGAGGACCAGCAGCUGACUCUUCCCUGUGUACUGCUGGCUGGAAAUCCACUACCUGAGAGGCAAUGGCUACACAACUAUGGCCUCGUGACCUCAGACCAGUAUGUGACCGUGAGGAAGGAUGGUAGUCUGCAUAUUGAAAGAGUUCGCCUGGACGAUGCGGGUGACUACACCUGCUUGGCUGAAAAUGCAGUUGGAGCCACGAACCACACAACCACUGUCGACGUUUUUGUGAUUCCUACCAUUCAAUAUGGUCCUCAAGUAUUCAGCACAAUUGAAGGAACAACAAUUUCUUUGCCCUGUCGUGCCAGUGGAGUCCCAAUUCCACAAAUUACCUGGACAAAGGGCGGGGAGCUUCUGGACUUGGGUGGUCCAGCCUUCUCCCUGGAUUCUGAUGGCAGCCUCAUCAUCUCUUCCCCUUCUGGAAAUGAGACCGGAGAGUUUGUCUGCACAGCCAGUAAUGCUGCUGGUCAUGCCUCCAGGAAGGUCCAGCUUACUGUCUACGUGCGACCUAGGUCCAGUGCUGGUGGUGUUGGGGGCUCGGUGAAGCCAGUGAAGAUGUCAGUGAUUGAGGGUUUGGAUGCUGUUCUGCCAUGUGACGUUCACAGUGUCCCACCUCCCACCAUCAGCUGGGCCAAAGAGCGGCAGCUCAUCUCUCCUUAUUCUCCCAGGCACACCCAGCUUCCCUCUGGGUCUAUGAAGAUCCUGGAGACUAGAGUGUCGGACAGUGGACUUUAUGUUUGCGUUGCCUCCAAUAUUGCUGGUAACCUAACACAGUCCAUUGAACUGAUUGUUCUGGUGCCCCCAAGCAUUCAGGCUGGCCCGAGGAUAAUGAAGGUCCUGGUGGGUCACCCUGUGGAGCUGCCCUGCGUGGCGAGAGGAGUCCCAGAGCCAGUGCUCACCUGGACUAAGGAUGGUAGAAGUCACCUGACCUCACCCGAUGGCAGCCUGGCGCUGACACAUGUGGGAUUGGACGAUGAAGGAACUUACACCUGCACAGCCACCAACGCAGCGGGCAGAGAUGAGGCUCGCAUUCAGCUGCUUGUUCAAGUGCCCCCGGUUGUCGAGGUGCCUGAGCCACCUUUCAACAGUCCCCUUCAGGAGAGAGUUGCAAACCAGCGUAUUGCUUUCCCCUGCCCUGCCACAGGUUUUCCAAAGCCAGUGAUUCGAUGGUUGCGUAAUGGGCAGGAGUUGGCAGGUAACGAACCGGGUGUGUCCAUCUUAGAGGAUGGCACACUGCUGAUUUUGGCCUCUGUCUCACCUCUGGACAACGGAGAGUACGUUUGCACUGCUGUGAAUGAUGCUGGAUCCACAGAGAGAAAGUACCAGCUCAAAGUUAACGUUCCUCCUGAUAUCCGAGAUAGUGAAGCACCAGGUAACCAGUCUGUGGUCCUGAGCAAUCCCACCAUGCUGCUGUGUGAUGUGACAGGAAGUCCUCCUCCUGUCAUCACCUGGUACAAGAAUGGCACACCUGUUGUUCCUAAUAGCAACAUGGUAAUUACUGGGAACGGAAAAACCUUGAUGCUGCUAAAGACACAAACAGCGGAUGCAGGCAGCUACAGUUGCAAAGCCAUCAACAUCGCAGGGAGUGCAGACAAAGACUUUUUCUUGGACGUGGUCGUCCCACCAACAAUUUUAGGAUCUCGAGCUCUCCAGGCCGUCUCAGCAGUUCUUAAACAAGAUGUGACUCUGGAGUGCAAAGUGCAAGGACAGCCGUUCCCCUCAAUCCAGUGGUUCAAGGACAGAAAGCUGGUGUUCCUGGGUGGUCCCAAUCUGGAGGUCACCAACAGUGGUCAGACUCUGAGGAUAAAAAAUGUCCGUCUUGGAGAUGAGGCUCACUACCAAUGUACGGCCACAAAUACAGCUGGAAAAAAGUCUAAGGAAUUCUACCUCAAUGUCCAUGUGCCCCCCUCCAUCAAAGGAGGCAACCUAACCACAGAUGUGACAGCACUACUGGACACAAUGGUAAGACUGGAGUGUGAGGCGCGUGGGGUUCCUCUACCUACCAUCACCUGGUACCGAAAAGGGGAGCCCAUCCAAUCCAACCGUCAGACUCAGUACAUGGAGCGAGGCCACUACCUGAAGAUCCCUCGAGUGCAGGCGUCUGAUGCUGGUCAGUACACCUGCAAGGUCACCAACGAGGCCGGGAGUGCUGAGAAGAGCUACAAGCUGGAUGUCUACUUGCCUCCUACCAUCACAGGUGGAGCCGACAGGCCCACUGAGAGAAAAGUGGUCCUGAGUAAGCCUGUGACCCUGGAGUGUGAGGCAGAGGGGCACCCUCCACCCUCCCUGACGUGGCUGAAGGAUGGAGUACCUGUGCGUGAUGGGGAAAGUGUCCGCGUACUGGAUCGUGGGAGGAAAAUAGAAAUCCUCUCAGCCACCAUCUCAGACUCAGGACGCUACGUCUGUGUGGCUACAAGUGUGGCUGGGGAGAAGGAGGUCAAAUACGACCUGAGAGUGUUAGUUCCUCCUUUUGUUGAUGGAGCUGAUGGAAUAACUGACAGCACAGUCAUUAUCGACAACCCUCUGGAACUUGAGUGUCACGCCACAGGAACACCUGCACCCAUCAUCACGUGGUAUAAGGAUGGAAAACCUGUCCAACAAGGUGAAGGAUUGCGGGUUGCAGCCAAUGGAAGACAGCUGGUUGUUUCCCGCGCUCAAGUCUCGGACACAGCUCGUUUUCAGUGUGUGGCCUCUAAUGAAGCAGGAGACCACGAGAGAAACUUCAACGUGAUUGUCCAAGUUCCUCCAUCUAUCCGCACCACUGGACCUGCUGAGCGUUCAGUGGUUCUCCAAAAGUCCAUUGGUCUGGAGUGUAUUCCCAAUGGCAUCCCUCCUCCCAGUAUCACCUGGCUUAAAGAUGGCCGACCUGUCGACACAACAAAGGAGCACCUGAAGCUGGAGUCAGCAGGCCGGACGCUAAAAAUCACAGAGGCAAGACUUGAAGAUUCUGGUAGAUACACCUGCCUAGCUACCAAUGCAGCUGGUGAAGCUCAAAAACACAUACGACUCAGUGUCCAUGAGCCUCCUAGGAUCCCAGACUCUGGAGAGAGUAUCAACCAAACCAUCCUCUCGGGUUUCCCCACGGAGCUCCAGUGCAAAGCCACAGGCAGCCCAAUACCUGCUAUUACUUGGUACAAAGACGGUCGACCUCUGACCAGUGCAGCUGGUGUCACAAUCCUGAAUCGGGGCCAGGUGCUGGAGAUUGAACGGGCACAGCUGUCUGACGCGGGGGUGUACAAAUGUGUCGCUGUCAACCUGGCUGGAGCAGCUGAGAUUUCUCAUAACCUGCAGGUGUUGGUGCCUCCGGUCAUCUCCAGCCAUGGUGGAACUGUAACAGUGGUGGUGAAUGAGGCUGCCAGACUGGAGUGUGAGGCCACCGGCGUGCCCUCGCCCAGCCUCACAUGGCUCAAAGAUGGCAGUCCUGUGGCAAGUGUGUCACAUGGCAUACAGGUGUUAUCUGGGGGCAGAGUGCUGUCCUUGAACAGUGCCCAGGUCAGUGAUACAGGCACGUACACCUGUGUGGCGGUCAAUGCUGGAGGAGAGCAGCACAAAGAGUAUGACCUGAGAGUUUAUGUGCCACCGAACAUAAAGGGUGAAGAGGUGAAUACCACAGUGAUGUUUGGCAGUCCAGUGGAGCUACUCUGUCAGAGUGAUGCAAUCCCUCCACCCACCCUCUCCUGGCGCAAAGAUGGCCGCCCGCUCUUCAGGAAGUCGAGCCUCACAGUCUCAGCAGAUGGCAGUCUGCUUAAGGUGGACAGUGCUCAAGUGCAGGAUUCAGGCAGGUAUACAUGUGAAGCCACCAAUGUUGCAGGAAAAACAGAGAAGAACUAUAACCUAAAUGUCUGGGUUCCUCCCAGCAUCCGUGGCUCCGACGAGGUGUCUCCUCUGACAGUGAUUGAAGGAAGUCUCAUCACACUGCUGUGUGAAUCCAGUGGAAUACCUCCUCCCAGCCUCUCAUGGAAGAAGGACAGUUCAGAAGUUAAGCCCAGUCAGCGGGUCAGAGUUUUGUCAGGUGGUCGACAGCUGCAGAUCUCUAGUGCUGAGAAGUCAGAUACAGCUUCGUACUCCUGCACAGCCUCCAGUGCAGCAGGCACCGCCUCCAAGGAGUUCAGUCUACAGGUCUAUGUCCGCCCUUCCAUCAAGCGCAGUGAAGAUGAUGCAGAAGACAUCACUGUGACAAAGGGAGGCGACGUGACCCUCCAGUGUGCCGCCGAGGGCGUGCCACGACCUGCCAUCACAUGGCUGAAAGACGGGCGUCCCGUCACGGGCCACCACGGUGCCAAAGUCCUGAACGAAGGCAGGCUGCUGCAGAUCAAAGACGCCAAGGUGUCGGAUACAGGACGCUACACCUGUGUUGCUGUGAAUGUGGCGGGACAAGCUGACAGCAAACACGACGUCAGUGUUCAUGUCCCUCCAAGUAUUAUUGGUCAGGUAAAAUUUCCUGAAAAUGUGAGCGUUGUGGUGAAGAACCCUGUUGCUCUUCACUGUGAAGCAUCGGGUAUCCCGCUCCCAGAGAUCUCUUGGCUGAAGGAUGGUCAGCCAAUUACAACAACUAGUUCACUGCGUGUCCUGUCAGGGGGACGCAGUUUGCGUCUCAUGCAUGCUGCAGUGGAAGACGCCGGGAGGUACACUUGUGUUGUUUCUAACAGUGCUGGAGAGGAGAGGAAGAGUUUUGACCUCGACAUCCUCAUCCCUCCAAGUAUAGUGGGAGAGGGAACUCUGGUGGAUACCAAAGUCAAGGAGAAACACAACAUCACGCUCACCUGUGAGACAUCAGGAAAUCCAGCACCGGAGAUUAAGUGGCUGAAGGACGGGCAGGUGUUAGUGCCUGACAGGCGCCACCAAAUUUUGUCUCAUGGUCGUUUUCUCCAAAUUUCUGGAGCCCAGGUUGGCGAUACGGGCAGGUACAGCUGCUUGGCAUCGAACAGUGCAGGAGACCGCAGCCGCCAUUUCAACCUCAAUGUCCUGGUCUCUCCCACCAUUGCUGGGUCUGGCCCUGACAGCUCUGCCGAGGAGGUUACGGUAACCCUGAGCAGCCCCACCUCACUGGUUUGUGAAGUCCAGUCCUACCCUCCCGCUUUGAUCACUUGGCUCAAAGACGGCACUCCAUUUGAAUCUAGACGAAAUGUCCGAGUUCUACCAGGUGGGCGUACAUUGCAGAUUCUAAAUGCUAAAGAAGAGGAUGCUGGGAGGUAUACCUGUGUGGCCACUAAUGAGGCUGGGGAAACACUGAAGCACUAUGAGGUCAAGGUUUAUGUCCCUCCCCAGAUCAAUAAAAAUGACAUUCCUGGAGAAGGACUGGCUCCCAAAGAAGUCAAGAUCAAAGUCAACUCCACACUGACCCUGGAGUGUGUAGCUCAGGCCUUUCCCACCCCAGCACUGCAGUGGUAUAAGGAUGGACAGAUCCUGAGGACAGAUCAACAUGUGUCCAUCACAGCCAAUGGUCGCAUCGUUCUGAUCAAGCACGCCCAGGUGUCAGAUACGGGCCGCUACACCUGUGUAGCCACCAACAUAGCUGGAGAGGAUGAGAAGGACUUUGAUGUAAAUAUACAAGUUCCACCUAAUUUCAGCCGGCCUGGUGGAAGUGGUGAUACGACCUCUCCAACAGAUUUUGGAGGUGAUACCCGAGAGGUGAUACUUAACAAUCCCAUCUCUCUGUACUGUGAGACCAAUGCUGUACCACCACCAACACUCACCUGGUACAAAGAUGGACAACUGCUAACAUCGAACGACAAAGUUCUGGUCUUGCCAGGCGGGCGGGUGUUACAGAUACCCAGGGCCCAGGCUGAGGACUCAGGCAGGUACACAUGUGUGGCCAUCAACGAGGCAGGAGAGGACUCCAUACAGUAUGACGUCCGAGUGUUGUUACCUCCAACCAUACGAGGAGCAGACAGCGACUUGACUGAUGAAGUUAUAGUCCUGAUCAAUAAAACUAUCCAGAUGGACUGCCAUGCAGAUGGAAACCCCACCCCCAAAAUCAUCUGGUAUAAGGACGGCCAUCCAAUCACUCCAAAUGGUCCCUAUAGGAUUGUGUCCAAUGGGCGAGUGCUUCAGGUGCUGACUUCUCAGCUGUCUGACACAGGGCGCUACGCAUGUGUGGCUGACAACGUGGCGGGGACUGCAGAGAAAUUCUUUAACCUCAAUGUUCAUGUGCCCCCUUCGAUUAUCGGCGUGAGUCCUGAGAAUGUGACAGUGGUGGUGAACAACUUUGUGUCCCUGUCUUGUGAAGCUACCGGCUUUCCUCCUCCCACACUCAGCUGGCUCAAUGACAAGGGCCCCAUUCAGGCCAAUGCCAAUGCCCUCAUUAUGCCAGGUGGUCGUACUUUACAGAUACUUAAAGCAAGAGUAUUGGAUGUAGGAAAAUACACUUGUGUGGCAAUGAACGCUGCGGGAGAAGCACACAAACACAUCCAUCUCACAGUUUUUGUUCCUCCCAGCAUUCGAGAUAAUACAGGUGACUCUCCUGUGGUCGUGAACAUGCUUGUUGGAAAGUCAGUGUCUCUGGAAUGUGAAUCCAAUGCCAUCCCCCCUCCCACCAUCACCUGGUACAAGAACGGCAGAGCAGUGACAGAAAGUCCUAACUUACAUAUACUGUCUGAGGGACGAAUCCUCCAGAUUAAAAGCUCAGAGGUGUCUGAUACAGGACAGUAUGUUUGCAUGGCAUCUAACAUUGCAGGACAAGUAGACAAGAACUUCCACUUGAAUAUCUAUGUACCUCCCAGUAUAGAUGGUCCAGGAGAGGAAACCGUGGUGGAAACCAUCAGUAACCCAGUGACCUUUGCCUGUGAUGCUACGGGAAUCCCUCCUCCCACUCUCACUUGGCUGAAAAAUGGUCGCCCCAUAGAGAGUUCAGAGUCUUUGGAGAUGCACAUCUUUUCAGGCGGCAGCAAACUCCAGAUUGCACGGUCUCAGCUCUCAGACAGUGGCACUUAUUCAUGUGUUGCCUCUAAUGUGGAGGGCAAAGCACGCAAGAACUACCGCCUCAACAUACAAGUUCCUCCAAGUAUCUCUGGAUCAGAAAUGCCCAGCGAAGUGGGAGUUCUUCUUAAUGAGAGCAUCCAGCUAAUUUGUCGAGCCCAAGGAACGCCAACUCCAACCAUCCAGUGGUUGAAAGAUGGAGAAGCCAUCAACAGUGUUGGACACAAAGAACUCAGGAUCAGCCCAGAUGGCCGCACACUGACAGUGAGCCGCGCUCAAACCACAGACAGUGGCAAGUACACUUGUGUGGCGACCAACGCUGCUGGAGAGGAAGACAGAAUAUUCAAUCUGAAUGUGUAUGUGCCUCCUGUGAUUGAAGGCAACAGUGAAAGUCUGGAGGAGCUGACUGCAGUCCUGGACAGUUCCGUCAAUAUCGAGUGUGUGGCGACAGGCUCUCCCCUGCCCCAGCUCAACUGGCUGAGAAAUGGCCUCCCGCUGCCUGUCUCGUCCCACUUACGACUCCUCUCUGCUGGACAGGUGCUUCGAAUUACACGAAUCCAGGUUUCUGAUGGUGGAAGCUACACGUGCGUGGCAUCAAACCGGGCCGGAGUGGACAACAGACAUUACAACCUGCAAGUGUAUGUCCCAGCAGGUCUGGAUGGAGCAGGGAGCACAGAGGAUGUGACAGUAGUUAAAGGAAACCCGGUUUCUCUGCUGUGUGUGGCUGAUGGGACGCCAACACCUGACAUUUCAUGGCUUAAAGAUGGAGAGCCUGUCAUUCCCGAUCGCCUCCUCAUCCUCCUCAACCAGAACACCACCUUACAGAUUGACCAGGCAAGGGUCAACAGCACAGGACGCUACACUUGUAUUGCUAACAACACCGCUGGUCAAGCAAGCCGUCACUUCAAUCUGAAAGUCCUGGACCCUCCACACAUCAAGGGCACUGGUGCACCGGCAGAAGUGUCUGUGGUUGUAAAUAAUGUCUUGGAGCUGGUGUGUGAGGCCACUGGUAUCCCUCCUCCUUCUUUGACCUGGCUGAAGGAUGGACGCCCACUUCCACAGGCAGACACUCUGCGCCUCCUCCGGGGAGGGGAGGUGCUCCGAGUGGCCUCAGCGCAGCUGGAGGACACUGGCAGAUACAGCUGCUUGGCCAACAGCCCUGCAGGUGAUGAUGACAAGGACUUCCUGGUUCGAGUGCAUGUCCCCCCUAACAUUGCUGGGGACAGCACACCUCAGGAUGUGACGGUGCUGCAGAACAGACAGGUGACCCUGGAGUGUAGGUCUGAUGCCGUUCCACCUCCAACUCUCAACUGGCUCAAAGACGGCCAACCACUGCAGGCUUCUGCUCGUGUACGGAUCUUGUCUGGUGGCCGUUACUUACAGGUCAACAUGGCGGAUCUCAGUGACACAGCUCAGUACACCUGUGUGGCGAGUAACGUCGCUGGGAAGACCACUCGACAGUUUAACUUGUCUGUCAAUGUGGCCCCAACUAUCAAAGAUGGGUUACAGACAGUCUCAGUACACAUCAACAAGCGUGCUGUGCUUGAAUGUAUAGUGAGUGGAGUCCCACCACCUCGGGUCACCUGGAGGAAACAUGGCGCCAUACUGGCAGCAAACAACCCUCGGUACACUUUCAAAAAGGACGGCUCUUUACUCAUUCAUUCAGCUCAGGUGACCGACACCGGUCGCUACCUGUGCAUGGCAACAAAUCAGGCUGGUACACAACGCAAGAGAGUGGACUUGCAAGUGUAUGUGCCUCCAUCCAUCACUGACAGUCGAACCAACAUCACAGUGAUUGUCAAUGUUCAGACAACGCUGCCUUGUGAAGCCACCGGCAUCCCCAAGCCCGCCGUUAACUGGACUAAAAAUGGACGAGCCAUCAAUACUGACCAGAACCAAAAUAUGUACAGAUUACUUUCAUCAGGCUCUCUGGUAGUUAUUGCGCCCACAGUAGAGGACACCGCAGUGUUCAAAUGUGUGGUCUCAAAUGAGGCUGGACAAGACUCCAGAUCCAUCCACCUCAGUGUCAAUGUUCCUCCAUCGAUAGCAGAUGAACCCACUGAGCUGGUAGUAACCCGACUGUCCCCAGUGGUCAUUGCUUGUACUGCAUCUGGUGUCCCAGAGCCCUCGAUCGACUGGACCAAAGAUGGCAUGCCACUCCCUAUAAAGGGACGAGGAUACAUCAUCCUGCCAACAGGUCCAGUACAGAUCACUUCAGCAGAGCUUUCUCAUGCUGGACAGUACUCGUGCACAGCUAAGAAUGCUGCCGGCUCCACUCAUCGACAUGUGCACCUCACUGUGCAGGAACUCCCAGCAAUCCAGUCCCAUCCAUCAACCCUGGAUGUGAUCCUCAAUAACCCCAUCACUCUGCCCUGCAGGGCCACCGGCUCGCCAAGGCCUACCAUUACUUGGCAGAAGGAAGGCAUCAACAUACCAAACACAGGUGGAAGUUUCACAAUACUUCCUAACGGAAGUUUGCAGAUCUCCAAGGCUUCUUCAUCAGACUCUGGGACGUACAUAUGCGUGGCUCAAAAUCCUGCUGGCACUGCACUGGGCAAGACCAAGCUCAGAGUACAAUUACCUCCGUUAAUCAGCUCAGAGACGCAGAAGUACGUUUCACCUGUGGACUCUUCUGUGACGCUCGAGUGCCAAGCUGAAGGCCUGCCUCCUCCUUCUGUCACAUGGCACAAAGAAGGGCAGCGUCUAAGUGAGUCUGUCCGCCAACGGGUGCUCAGCUCAGGAUCCCUGCAGAUCGCCUUCAUUCAGCCAAAUGACGCGGGGCGGUACACCUGUACAGCUGCCAAUGCAGCAGGCACCGCCAGCUUGGAAAUGAGCCUCAUUGUUCAAAUUCCUCCUUCCAUUCGUGGUGGAGAACAGGAGGUUGUGGUGGUGGAGAACAAUCAGGCCCAGCUGGUGUGUGUAGCAGAAGGCAUCCCUCAGCCCAGCCUCACCUGGGAAAAAGAUGGUACUGCACUCACUGAAAGUACAGGGGAGUAUACCAUCCUGCCCUCUGGGGAGCUGGUGAUUGACAUGGCUCAGCCCAGUGAUGCUGGGAUCUACACUUGUGUUGCCACUAAUGCAGUCGGGCAGGACAGUUUGACGGUGACCCUGUCGGUUCAUACUCAUCCCGUCUUCACUGAGCUUCUCAGUGAUGUGGCCCUCAACAAGGCAGAGCGCCUCCUGUUGGCUUGCGGAGUGAAAGGCAUUCCUCUACCCAGAAUCACAUGGGCCUUCAAUAAUAACAUCAUCCCAGUUCACUACGACCACAUGAAUGGCCACAGUGAGCUGGUGAUUGAGAGAGUAAGCAAAGACGACUCAGGAACCUACACUUGUGUGGCGGAAAACAGUGUCGGAACCAUCAAGUCUUUGUCCUUUGUUUAUGUUAAAGAGCCUCCAAUUAUUGAUGGGGACCUUCACUCAAACCGCAUCGAACCUCUCGGUGGUAAUGCCAUUCUCAACUGUGAAGUUCGAGGUGAUCCACUGCCAACCAUCCAGUGGAGUAAAAAUGGAAUCAACAUCCAGAUAAGCAACCGUAUCCGCCAGCUGGACAACGGCUCACUGGCAAUCUAUGGGACAGUGAGUGAAGAUUCAGGCAGCUACAUAUGUGUAGCAACGAAUGAUGCAGGAGUGGUGGAAAGAAGUGUCACUCUUACUUUACAGAGUGCACCCAUCAUUACAGUCGAGCCAGUUGAGACUGUAGUGGAUGCUGGCACCACAGCUGUGCUCAACUGUCAGGCAGAUGGUGAACCCACUCCCACAAUAGAGUGGUCACGCCAGGGCCGCCCCCUACUGGGGAAUGACCACUUCUCCACUUUGUCAAAUGGUUCGUUAAGGAUCAGCAGCUCCCAAAAGGAGGACACAGCUGAGUAUGAAUGUGUAGCCAGAAAUCUUCUUGGAUCAGUGCUGGUCAGAGUCACUCUCAUCGUACGAGUUCAUGGAGGCUAUUCAGAGUGGGCAGAGUGGAGUCCUUGCAGUGUGUCCUGUGGCGUCGGAGCCCAGACAAAACUGAGGCAGUGUAACAAUCCUCUUCCUGCCAAUGGAGGCCGUCACUGUGUUGGGUCAGACGUAGAGACACGGACAUGUCAGGGAAAGCCCUGUCCAGUGGAAGGCAACUGGUCAGAGUGGUCUUUCUGGGAGGAGUGUUCACGUACUUGCGGUCAGGGCAACAGAACCAGAGUCCGGACAUGUAGCAACCCUCCAGCUCAACAUGGAGGCAGGCCGUGUGAGGGCAGGGCAGUGGAGGUCAUUAUGUGCAGUGUCAGACCCUGUCCUGUGGCUGGAAACUGGGGGUCUUGGCUACCUUGGAGCCAGUGCAGUGAAACUUGUGGUAAAGGAAUGCAGUCCAGGAUCCGACUGUGCAACAACCCUCCUCCAGCAUUUCAUGGGUUUCAGUGUGAAGGCACAGACACCCAAACACAAGUGUGCAAGGAAAGACCUUGUCCUGUGGAUGGAAAGUGGUCAUCUUGGGUGAGCUGGGGUGCCUGCAGUGUUUCCUGCGGUGGUGGGACCAGACAGAGAACACGCCUGUGUGCCAGCCCUGCCCCACAGCAUGGUGGAAGGCAGUGUGAGGGCAAUGAUGUGCAAAUAGACUUUUGUAACAGCGACCCCUGCCCAGUCAGUGGAAACUGGGGUCCAUGGAGCAGCUGGGGAAGCUGCAGCAAGACUUGUAACGGUGGGCAAAUGCGACGCUACAGGACGUGUGACAACCCCAGACCCGCCAACGGCGGCAGAGCAUGUGCCGGCGCUGAUACACAAAUACAGAGAUGUAGCACAGCCGCCUGCCCUGUUGACGGUAACUGGGGUCCAUGGCAGAUAUGGGGAGAAUGUUCCACUUCCUGUGGAGGUGGGGAACGGACUCGUGUCCGACUCUGCAACAGUCCGUCUCCCAGCAAUGGUGGCCGACUGUGUCCAGGUGACUCCACCCAGCUCUCCAGGUGUAACACACAAGCCUGUCCAGGUGGUCCCCAGCGAGCUCGAGGAAGCAUCAUAGGAAACAUCAACGAUAUUGAAUUUGGCAUCGCCAUCCUCAAUGCCACCAUCACAGACAGCUCCUCUGGCGGCAGAAUCAUUAAAGCUACUAUCUCUAAUGUUCCCAGGUCUUUAGGUCCGGCUAUGAGGAAGCUCAUCUCCAUCCUGAAUCCUGUUUAUUGGACGACUGCACAGGAAAUGGGCGAGGCUGUCAAUGGCUUCACACUAACAGGGGGUGUCUUCAGGCGAGAGACACAGGUGGAGUUUGCUACAGGUGAGAUCCUGAGGAUGACCCAUAUCGCCCGGGGCCUGGACUCUGAUGGAGCGCUGCUUCUCGACAUUGUCGUAAAUGGACACAUCUUACAACUGCCGUCACAUGCAGACAUCAGCAUCAAGGACUACACAGAGGAUUACAUCCAGACGGGUCCGGGCCAGCUGUACGCUCUGUCUACUCGCAUGUUCAGCAUCGACAAGGAGAGCGUGCCGUACUCCUGGAACCACACCAUCUCUUAUGACCUUUCUAAAGGGAAGAUGCCCUAUCUGGUGGAAAUGCUGCGGGCUACAGCCAUCAGUGCCCACUACCACCCUUUGGAUGAGGUUUUGGAGUAUAGCAUUCAAGCAAGCAUCACCAAGGGUGAGCGCAGCAAUCAGUGUCCACAUGGCUUCACUCUGGUGUCUGCUGGGCCUUUUUGUUCAGAUGAGAAUGAAUGUGAGGUUGGGAACCCCUGUUCUCACGCCUGCCACAACGCAAUGGGCACCUACUACUGCUCCUGUCCGCGAGGUCUCACCAUCUCAGCCGAUGGCCGAACUUGUCAGGACAUUGAUGAGUGUUCGCUGGGCGGGAAUGUGUGCCACAAUGGUCAGGACUGUGAGAACACCAUCGGCUCUUACCGGUGCGUCAUGCGCUGCGGACGCGGCUUCAGGAGAACAGCCGACGGCCUCAGCUGCACAGAUGUGAACGAGUGUCUGGAGUCCAAUCCAUGUAAUCAACACUGUCUGAACACUAUUGGUAGUUACCGCUGUGCCUGUGAGCCAGGCUUUCAACUCAGGAACAAACGCUGUAUAGAUAUCAACGAAUGCCGACAGAGGGUUUGUCGCUCGGACCAGCAGUGUAAAAACACACGCGGUGGUUACACCUGUAUUGACCUGUGCCCCAGUGGCAUGACGAAAGGUGGAAAUGGAACAUGUGUUGAUAUUGAUGAGUGCAAAGACGGCACCCACCAGUGCAGAUAUAAUCAGAUCUGUGAGAACACCAGAGGAAGCUACCACUGCACCUGCCCACGUGGAUUCAGAUCUCAGGGAGUGGGACAACCUUGUGUUGACAUAAAUGAAUGUGAGCGGCUUCCGCAGCCUUGUGCCCACCUGUGCAUCAACACUCCUGGCAGCUUCAAGUGCACCUGCCCCCCGGGGCGCCACCUGCUGGGUGAUGGCAAGUCCUGUGCUGGGCUCGAGCGCCUUCCCAGCUAUGAGAGUUACUCGUACGGCUACCGCACCUCUCAGUCUUCUCCUGAGCUCAGCUCCAGCCAGCGAGUGUACCACAACCUGGCCUCUCACAGCUACCAUUCCUACGCAGAGGCCACACAGAGGGGCUACCAGAGCCGUAGUCGCAGAGAGAACCCCAUACGCACCUCACAGCAGGUCUCCUCCUCUUGUCAGCAAGGGUUUGAGCCCAGAGGUGGCCACUGUUUAGACAUUAAUGAGUGUGAAGUGAGAGACACCUGUCAGCACGAGUGCAUGAACACACCGGGAAGCCACCGAUGUCUCUGUCCAGCUGGUUACCGCCUGAUGGCCAACAGCAAGACAUGUCAAGACGUGGAUGAGUGUCUGGAACAAAACAUCCAAUGUGGAGCAAACCGAAUGUGCUUCAAUAUGAGAGGAAGUUACCAGUGCAUCGACACGCCCUGUCCACCAAACUACCAGAGGGACCCAGCCACAGGGUUCUGCCUGAAGAACUGCCCUGCUAAUGACCUGGAGUGUGCCCUGAGUCCUUACGCCCUGGAGUACAAGCUGCUGUCGCUUCCUUUCGGUAUAGCAGCCAACCAGGACCUCAUCAGGCUGGUGGCCUACACUCAAGACAGGGUCAUGCACCCCAGGACCACCUUCUUAGUGGUGGACGAGGACGUCACGUUACCGUUUGCCCUCAGAGAUGAGAACAUGAAGGGCGUGCUGUUCACGACACGGGCACUGCGAGAGCCCCACACGUACCGCAUGAAGGUGCGAGCCCUCUCCUACAAUGAGCACGGAGGCAUCGAAUACCAGACAACUUUCAUUGUCUACAUCGCUGUCUCUGCCUACCCCUACUGAGAGCACUUUCAAAGAGACACACGUGUGACGGUCCAUUGUGACCUCCAUGAAAACAGUGACUUAGUGUGGGUAAGUGGCGGUGGUUUAGGGCCGACCUCAGGACCUUGACCCAAUAAGAACACUAAGAGUGAACGUGGGAGAGUGGCCAGUUAAGUGCAUUAAGCCGCGAGGACUUGAGAAACCAGGGAGCAGACGGCUGGAAGUGACCUGGAGAGAAGUUGGAUAAAACCAGCUGUUUACUGGCUCUCAUCCCUGGAAACCUCACUUCAGCCUGUCAUUCAAAAGUUUGUAGUCUUGUUGACGUCUCUGCCCACUCUCACAUGUAUGUAAUAGAAUAAUCACAUGUAACUCAUAAAACCCCCC